UACGUUAUCAUCAUGCCCAUCUUUGAUUCUUCCACCACUGCCAGCGACGUGGUCGCCGCCUUUUCUGAGCAAGCCGCUGGGAAAACUUUCGUCAUAACGGGUGGUAGCACGGGUGGUCUAGGUGCGGCCGUUGCCUUGGCUCUCGCCUCUGCCAAACCCUCAAUGAUCCUUCUCCUUGGUCGGACAGAAUCCAAGAUUGAUCCCGUCAUUAAAGAUAUCUCAAAUAUAAGCCCUACGACUAAGGCGCAAUUCAUUGAGAUGGAUCUUUUGUUACUGUCUUCCGUUCGUACUGCUGCUGCUUCAGUCGCGGCACUUGUCUCCAAGAUUGACGUUUUGAUCAACAACGCCGGAAUCAUGGGUACCAAGUUGGCUCGUACGCCUGAAGGCGUAGAGAGUCAAUUCGCGGCUAACCACAUUGGUCACUUCCUACUCACCAAUCUUCUUGUACCACAACUUCAGCAAGCGGCAGGCAAGGCUCGUGUGGUCAAUGUUUCGUCAAAGCUAUACCAAUUCAGCCCAAUGGAUUUCUCCGAUCCUCAAUUCGCAUCUACCCCCUGGAACACAUGGCUGGCUUAUGGGCAAUCCAAGACUGCCAAUAUUCUCUUUGCCGUCGCCCUGUCUAAGAGAUUGGAAAGUAAGGGAGUGAGGAGUUAUUCGCUACAUCCAGGAAACAUCAAACAGACAGGAUUGGCGGCAGGUGUAGAUCCGCAGAGCUGGCCAGUUAUCAUGAAGCUUUUUGAAGAAAAGGACAUGGAGAUUCCGAAAGAGAAGACCCUGGAACAAGGUGCAGCGACAUCAGUUGCUGCAGCAUUGGAUCCUCAACUUGAUAGUGCUUCAGGUGCGUUCUUGGAUGAUUGUCAGGUCGCGAAGGCUUUGGGAUAUGCUUCCAGUGAGGAGAAUGCGGAGAAGCUAUGGUCUCUGAGUGAGAGGAUUGUAGGAGAAGUGUUCUCUUACUAA